GUAUGUCGAUCGUGUUAUGUAAUGUUGCUUCAAAACCUAAUAACGACAAUAACGUUAACAAUGACAAUAUUAGUGAGGAUUCAAAUCCGGUCACAAUCUACAGGUGCCGCGCUCCCAUAGCUUCACUCGAUUGCAUGGAGGAAUUUAGUGGCACGACUGCUCAGCUUGAUUUCGGUCGUUCCACCAGUUUGGGGUCCAAUCCGGCCAUACAGAUACGCAGCAAUGCAACCACUACGCCCGGUUUGCGGUACAAAAAUCUCGGCAAAAGUGGCCUGCGCGUCUCCAAUGUGGGUCUCGGCACCUGGCCCAUUUUCUCGCCGGGCGUCUCGGAGGAACAGGCGGAAGCCAUCCUUCGCCUGGCCGUUGAUAGCGGAAUCAAUUUGUUCGACCUUUCCGAAGCGCAUUCAGGUACACGUGCGGAAAUAGAGCUGGGCAAGAUUAUUCAAAAGGCAGGAUGGAAACGGACCAGCUUCGUCAUAACAACAAAAAUUUAUUGGAGCACAAAAUCCGAAGAGCGAGGAUUAUCGAGAAAACACAUCAUCGAAAGUGUCCAAGCGAGCCUGCAAAGGUUGCAGCUGCCAUACAUCGACGUCAUACUGGUGCACAAGGCGGACUCUAUGUGUCCGAUGGAAGAGAUUGUGCGAGCAAUGAAUUACGUCAUAUCGCAAGGAUGGUCGAUGUACUGGGGAACAGCACGCUGGUCACCCGUGGAGAUCAUGGAAGCCUACACAAACUGUCGCCAGUUCAACUGUGUGACACCGAUCGUGGAGCAGUCGGAAUACCACAUGUUCUGUCGGGAGAAGGCGGAGCUUUACCUGCCUGAGAUGUACAACAAAAUCGGUGUCGGAUUCAUGGCCUGGGGACCACUGUCCAUGUGCUUGGGCGAUGCACAGAACGGCGAGAAGCUCUGGAUACCGAAGGGAUCGCUGAAAAGCAAAAGCCAAAGCUACUCCUGGAUCGAGGAUGAAGUAAACAAAGAAGUAAGUGUACGAUCUACGGCCAGACCGCACUGUAGCGAUCCGCAGGACGAAGCGCGCCGGCUGUACGACAAGGCGCGUGACAUUAGCAAUCUGGCGGAGAAGUUGGGCUGCAAUGCGGUACAGCUGUCGAUUGCGUGGUCGCUCAAGCAUGAACCGGUGCAAUGUUUGCUGCUCGGUGCUACCUCUCCGGAACAGCUCCAUCAGAGCCUGCAAGCGCUACAGUUACUGCCACGGCUAUCGACCGGUGUGAUGCUGGAAAUAGAACGCAUCCUUGAAAACAAACCAGUGCGUCCACCGCCGAUAUCUACGCUUGCCCUUCGGUGACAAUCAGC